UGAAAUUUUUUUGAAGCAAAGAUCCGGAAGAAUGCGAAUUCGUAAAUAAUUUAAAAAAUGAAAAAAAUAAAGGUCGCAGUCAAUGUUACAGAGGGCCUCAGUAGCUUGGGAUCAUUUUUAAACUAUACAGUUUCAUUUCUCUCACAAGAGUUGCGCUGCAGUAACGUCAGUGGCGAACAGCUGUUCGAUGAGGGUGGACGUUGGUGAUCGAAAAUUUGUUCGGACAUGUUUAUCACAAUCAUUAGUGCGGAUGCAGUAUUAUAAUCUCUUUCUUUCUUCGCAAUUAUUUCAGUAUUCGAGUUGUUUAAUUUUUUUCAAGUGACUACGCACUCAUGUAAUGAGUAGUGAUGGAAAACUACGAUGAUUGAUAUCAAGUGUAACUUUGUGAAAAAAUAGCAAUCCGAAUACCUACCGGGUACCUGAAUACAGAAGAAAAAUAACGUGACGUUUUUUCUUCAUGUCAAAAUUAUUCUUCUAACGAAUUAUAAGUCUAUUGUUAUUCACGAUGGCUCAAUGUAAAUUAACCCCUCGGGAAUUCAUCGGGAAUGCUUUCUCGCCCCAAAUCGGUGCUGUUUGCUCAAAUAUCGCCGAAUCCGUGUGCCAGAAGAACAACCUUUCGUUCAUCGAGCUUCUACAACCUUUUUGCAAUCUUAAUACCGAAGGUCAUUUCAAAGAUCUGCAGGGAACAACAGUUACAGUAAGAAAUUUGCGUCUCUCUAUCCAAGACAUUCAUGCUCAGCCCCCAGAGCCUUCGAUCGCAAGAAAAAUGCUUAACGAUUCAGUCAGUAUGGAGCCUUGUGAACGAGUAACAGUUGUGACGAUAGCAAACGUAGACCUCGACAUACCCUUGGCAGUGCCAUGGUUUGAAGCUUGGCGAGAAAUGUUUUUGGCUGUUCAAUUCCCCUCGGAUCACGAAUUCACGAAACACUUCUUAGCUUGCAUGAUCGUCGUUUCAACCGGGGACGAAAAUCCUUUGGAAAAAAUACAACAAAUCGCGACUCAACUGCAUCAGAGUGUGCCAGGCAAAUUGCCAAAAUGGUUCAACAACAAUGCUCUCAGAUAUUAUGUUCUUAUUCAUGAUUCUGCCCAAGACGACAGAGCAAAAGCCGAGGCUGUUUUUACCGAAAUGAAAAAUCUUUACGAUGCCAACAAUUGUUUCCUACUACAAAUGAACUCGAGACCCCCUGGUCAUGCAGACGACAAUACACACUUGCCAGACCCUUGGAGUCAGUUCCUCGUUAAACAUACAGAUUUCAAUGCAAGCAGUGAUCACAGCAGUAGUCCCCGGACUCCUGCGGACAUGGGAGGAGUCUCGGCGAUGCCUAACGAAGUUACGACUGAACCAGACAAAUCGAGUCACGCAGGAACGCCGAUAGCGCCUCAAAAUCCAGGCCUGUUAUCCCCGGAUAUAGCGGAUAAGUUGAGUUUGUCCUCGGAGAUAUCGGAAGGGCCAAACAUGCACGUGGAAAUGGGUCAGGAGGCAGUUCCGGUGACGAUACACCCGCUGAGUCCGGAAGGGCACAGAGAUUUGAAUGCAGAGAUUGGGAGAAGAUCGUCAGCGAUGUCGGGCUCGAUGGGGAACAGUGACAGUACCCCGAUAAAUGCAAACGUGUGGGCCGAUUCGCCGAAUCAUCCGGUAGCUCAACACGGUUCGAGACUGUCGACGCAAGAUCUCGAUAGGUUGCGAAACAUGAUCAACGAAUUUUGCUUAAAAAGUUUGUUGCCUUACGUCGAAAAGCAAAUAGGUUUAUUGAGCGACGUAAUAUCGAAUAAAAAAGGCGUCAGCAGGUCGUUGUUCAGCGCGACGAAACGUUGGUUCGGCACGAGUAAACCCGGUGCUCCAGGCUCAACGCCAACGAACGCAGUUAUUUAUACGAGCGAAUCACCCGAGUUGCAAUUACGUCGUUUGGGUGAUCUCUGUUUUAUGUUCGGACAUUAUACUCUCGCUUAUCAGGCUUAUCACAGCGCGAAACGUGAUUUUGCAGCGGAUCAAGCUUGGCUCUAUUACGCAGGAGCUUUGGAAAUGGCAGCUCUCAGUGCCUUCAUGCAGGGCGAAAUGACCCGAAAAACAAUUGAAUACAUGGACGACGCUAUACUCACGUACUCCAACAGUUGCAAAAUGCCUCAAUUUGCCACGAGGGCCACUCUCCUCAGCGCCGAGUGCCUCAAAGGCCGGAACCUUCACGGUGAAGCUGCCAAACAAUUAAUUCGCAUGACCAGCGAAGAUUCUGAUCUCAGAUCGGCUCUUCUCCUCGAACAAGCCGCUUAUUGCUUCAUCAGCCCAAGAAUGAUACACAAAUACGCGUUUCAUGCUGUACUCGCCGGCCACAGAUUCUCCAAAGCUGGACAGAGGAAACACUCUCUCAGGUGCUACCAACAAGCUUAUCAGGUUUAUCGCGACCGAGGAUGGUCGUCGGCGGAAGAUCAUAUUCACUUCACAAUAGGAAGGCAAGCAGCUUCACUGAAACAAGUUGGCGACGCGGUUAGAGCGUUUGAAAAAUUACUCAACGAAUCCAGCAGGCAGCCGAGUGCUCAGCAAGCAGCCUUUUUGCGGGAAUUUUUGCAUACUCAUCACUUACUGCUACAAGAGAACACAAAAGAUCGUUCGGAAAUUCCAGUUCUUCCUUUGCCCCUGAUGAACGGUAACGAGAUUCGCGUGCUUCUUGGAUUUUUGCCAACGUCGAGGAACGAGCGUAUACCAGCGAGUAACGUAUCGUUCGAAAGCGUUGACGAGGACGAGUCUCGAUGGACGAAAUUAGAAGAAGUAAUCGUGGCCGAAGCUCAGGGCUCUUCGUCGAUGAUAUUCAAGCCGACGAUUCCUCUUUACACGAAUCGCACGAACAACAGCGUCAGACCUAACGCUGUAUUGGACGAGCCGAUUAAUCUCUCGAUCGAGCUCUACAAUCCCAUGAAAAUAUUGAUUCCACUAACGAGAGUUAAACUUUUGUGGCACUUUUCGAGUGGGAAUGAGAGUUGGAGCAACGAGAGAGUCCGAGAAGAGUCACCGGAGCCAAUGCCUGUCGAUACGGAAAUUCUCGAGUCCGCUUUGCUCCAACCGAACUCAAAACGGAGGAUUGUACUUUCGUGCACGCCUCGACGAACCGGAGACUUGAAAAUCAUAGGAAUAUCCUACGACCUCUCAAAUCCUCCCACAUCCGAUCAACCGAUCGUCAAUCCCAUGGUUGCCGUUACUGGAAAACGUAUUUUCGAGAUCAAGGGCCCACGCUUGAAAAACGUGAAAGAAAAACCUGGCGCGAAUAUGUACGGCGUCGAUAACCGGCUCGACAUAAACGUCGUCGAUCGAUCGCCGCUGAUGAGAGUUACUUUCACUAAAAUAUCGCAAGAAAUGUUGUGCGGUGAAAUGCAAAAACUCGACGUCGUCCUCGAGAACGUGGGACAAGCGCCCUUGAAAAAUAUUCACGUUGGCUCUACGAAUCCAAAACUUUUUUGCCUCGAAAAUAACAACGAAAAAUCGAACAGUGCGAUUACGAAAAUCGAUCUACCGGAUUGCACGAGUUUACAGCCUGGAAGCAAACAUACGAUCGCACUGUGGAUUCGAGCGCCUCACGUCAAAGGCAAUCAUCGCCUCGAUCUUCUUUUCUAUUGGGAAAACGUUGAUUCCAAAAGUACACCAAAAUAUCGACUCUGUCGGCACACGUGGCAACUCACCGUUCUCGAUUCCAUUCAAAUCAGCGCAAUCGCCCGGAGAAGCGCUGUCAGAAAAACCGAUUUACCAACGCUAACUCUAACGGUACGAGUUAAAAAUACCAACCAAUCGAACGAUCCAUUUAUGAAUGAAAUUUCCCUCGAGAGAGUCUCCCUUGAGAGCAAAGCUUGGUCCCUCCUGGAAUGCAUCGUUGAACCUUCCAAUAUUAGAAUACAACCACAAGAGACUUACAGCGUUUUAUUGAAACUCGUUAGGAAGAUUGAGAAAUCUUCGAAAAUAUCUGAUAUUUCAUUGAUCAAGAAAACCGACGAGACUGAUGACGGCGUCACGAGAUUUCCAUACAUUAAUUUUAUACAAAAGCGACACAUCAAGCCUCAGAGUAACAGUGAAAAUGCAAACGAAAAUAGUAUUCGAAACAUGGAAGACCCAAGCCCACUCGCUGUCACCACCAGACUCGAUGCAACUCUCGUUUUACGGUGGAGAGCCAAAGUCACCGAAAGUGGAAAUAGCGCGAGACACGCCAUUGGACAGCAUCAUGUUGAUCUUGCUGUUGUUAACAAAUGCUACAAACAACCCGAAGAAAAGUCAUCUGAUCAAAAUGACUAUUCUACGAGAUUAAAAAUUUUUGGGCCCGAUCGCAACGUCUCUGAUUCCAUUACUGUUAUUAAAAAGGAUGAAGUUCCUGAAUGCGAGUACCUCAAAAACAUUGUUUCAUUUUCCAUGAAUCACGUCCGAGAAGGAAAACACAAUUUCGAUCGUAGUCGCAUGUGCGUUAUUCCCGUCAAUCUUCACUUACAAAAUCAUUCGCAAUCUCGUAUCGACGUCAGGAUUGACACGAUUGGUACAAGCAGUCAAACUUCCCUGCCAAGUUUAAAAUCGCAGCUGUACUCACCCCAGGCAUCAACAUUUUUUCGUUACGUCAGUCACACAGCAAUAAAGUGUCACGUGGAUGCGCUCGGAGUGAAUACGGUGAAAUUACAGGCGAUUAUUCCCUCGCCAGGUACAUACGAUCUCUCAUCAAGAUUGGAAAUUUCCGCGAGGGUAUCAAACAGCGGAGAGUUUGUGUUGCAGAAAUGGCGAAUGGAGAGUGCGUGUAGUAUAAGCCAUUCGUCAGUGUAGUCAAGACUAAAAGUAAAAGUAAAAGUAAAAAAAACUCAAAAAUUGGUAAUAUCAAAUUGCAAAUCGAUAGGCCCGAUCAUUUUUUUCAACGCUCAGCAGUUGAAUUAUGCAAUCGCAUCAUUCCUUAGAUCAGUGUAAAUAUUGAAACGACACGAGAAGAGAAUCCUUCAUAUUUUGUAGAGGUUGAAGUGAAUUUUUAUCGAAUAUAAAUAGUUUCGGAAUAUUUUGAAACGAGCAAACGUUGUCGAGAAUUUCCAUGCUCGACGAUCCAUUAUUCAGAGCCAAUAGAAAAUACAAGUCACUAAAAAAAUCCUCGUCGAUAUUCCUCUGUUAGCGAAAAAUAUCGAGAGAGCUAAUAUUUGUAAGAAAUCUUGAAGGAAACAUAUCGUCCAGUGGACGUUUCGAAUCUUACGAUUAUUGUUGAUUCCUCAAUAAUAAUAAAAAUUAGGAGGAAAUGAAAAAACAAAAUAUUUAAAUAAACUCAAGUGCUUCAUUAAACGCGAAUUAGAAGAGAAUAUAUAGGCGAUCAGUCUUCGAUGAUAAAUGCAAAGAGCCUGUUUAUAUCGAGUCACUCCACGUUUUAAGUGGUCGACGUGAAGAAAUAAGAACAAAGAAUUCAUACGUUACAUGUAUUCUCAUAUAUUUGAGCAGGAAAACUGUGAGUUUUUACGUAAGUCCACAAAAAAAAAUAAAAACGUCAUCAUUAUAUUGUAUAAACUGUGACAUAAAUAACAAACUGUAAAUAACUGCAUAAAGAUAUAUAUUUCAAGUUCAUACCACUAAGGGAUUAAUGUAUUAGUAACAUUAUUAUUGUAGAUACAGUGAAAUUUUGCGUUACUCUACAAAAUUAAUGCUCAUCCAUACCAAACAUCUAAUGACUAACUAUUUUAACUUGAUACUUUUUCCCUCUUUUUAUUCAAAUUUUAAAUUUAUUUACUUUUGGUAUUCUCCGCUUUAGAAACUCCGUUAUCAUAGGACAUUGAUCUGGAGACAUUGAAAAAGUGACAAUGAAAGAAAAAAUAAAAAUAGAAGAAAUAUUUGACGGCACAAAACUUCUUACGCUUUGUUAUUCACAUUUUUAAUGUAUUUAUUUCGUUUGGUAUUUUCUCGGAAAAAAACUUGUCCAUCUCGCUUAUAUUAUAACAAGAAUACAUUGUGAUUCGUAUAGAAUCGCAAAGUACCAACAUUCUAAAUAAACCAAUCUCUUAUUCGAAUGAAAAUUAUAGAAAAAUGCGAUGAGCGAAAAUUUUGAACAGUUAUGUGAAAAUUCUUAUUGCAUAAAAUUUCGAACAGUGCAAUUAUAAGCGUGCGAAUGAAAGAGCGUGAAAAAAAGAGUAAGAAGUUGAAUGAAAGCUUCCUAUUGACGAGCGCGUAUUUGAAAAGGUAAAAAAAAAGAAAACAGUAAGCAAAAUUCAUAACAAACUGUAAGUUUGUACAUUAUACGAUUGUACUAUGUAAAAGGUAUGAAUAAUGUAAUAAACAUUAGACAAUGAAUUGUAGACCAAACGGUCCAAAAAACAAUCAAAAAUUCUGGUUUAUUAAAAAAGAAAAAGAUGCAUAUUCACACGAUGAAGACAA